CACAGUGCCCUGCUCAGAAGCCCCGGGCUCGUCAGUCAAGCUGGUUCUUGGUUCGCGCUCGGCAGCGCAGGCAGGCGAGUGGUCCUCAGUUCCGGGUGCAGAGCAGCAGCGCCCCAGUCCUGGUCCUCCAGCCCCAAGCCUCGCCUGCCCGCCCAGCGCCAGGAUGGCCACCAUCACCUGCACCCGCUUCACGGAAGAGUAUCAGCUCUUCGAGGAACUGGGAAAGGGAGCCUUCUCGGUGGUGCGCAGGUGUGUGAAGGUGCUGGCUGGCCAGGAGUAUGCUGCUAAGAUCAUCAACACCAAGAAGCUGUCGGCCAGAGACCAUCAGAAGCUGGAGCGUGAAGCCCGCAUCUGCCGCCUGUUGAAGCACCCCAACAUCGUCCGGCUCCACGACAGCAUCUCUGAGGAGGGACACCAUUACCUGAUCUUCGACCUGGUUACUGGUGGGGAGCUGUUUGAGGACAUCGUGGCCCGGGAGUAUUACAGUGAGGCUGAUGCCAGUCACUGUAUCCAGCAGAUCCUGGAGGCCGUGCUGCACUGCCACCAGAUGGGUGUGGUGCACCGGGACCUGAAGCCGGAGAAUCUGCUGUUGGCUUCCAAGCUCAAGGGCGCCGCGGUGAAGCUGGCGGACUUUGGCCUGGCCAUAGAGGUGGAAGGGGAGCAGCAGGCAUGGUUCGGGUUCGCAGGGACGCCUGGAUACCUCUCCCCGGAAGUGCUGCGGAAGGACCCAUAUGGGAAGCCUGUGGACCUGUGGGCCUGUGGGGUCAUUCUGUACAUCCUGCUGGUUGGGUAUCCGCCAUUCUGGGAUGAGGACCAGCACCGCCUGUAUCAGCAAAUCAAAGCCGGCGCCUAUGAUUUCCCGUCACCAGAAUGGGACACUGUCACCCCGGAAGCCAAGGAUCUGAUCAAUAAGAUGCUGACCAUCAACCCAUCCAAACGCAUCACGGCUGCCGAGGCCCUCAAGCACCCUUGGAUCUCGCAUCGGUCCACUGUGGCCUCCUGCAUGCACAGACAGGAGACCGUGGACUGCCUGAAGAAGUUCAACGCCAGGAGAAAACUGAAGGGAGCCAUCCUUACCACAAUGCUGGCUACCAGGAACUUCUCUGGAGGGAAGAGCGGAGGAAACAAGAAGAAUGAUGGUGUGAAGAAAAGAAAGUCCAGUUCCAGCGUUCAGUUAAUGGAAUCUUCAGAGAGUACCAAUACCACCAUUGAGGAUGAAGACACCAAAGUGCGGAAACAGGAGAUUAUAAAAGUGACAGAGCAGCUGAUCGAAGCCAUAAGCAAUGGAGAUUUUGAGUCCUACACGAAGAUGUGUGACCCUGGGAUGACAGCCUUCGAACCCGAGGCCCUGGGGAACCUGGUCGAGGGCCUGGACUUCCAUCGAUUCUAUUUUGAAAACUUGUGGUCUCGGAACAGCAAGCCCGUGCACACCACCAUCCUGAACCCCCACAUCCAUCUGAUGGGUGACGAGUCGGCCUGCAUCGCCUACAUCCGCAUCACGCAGUACCUGGAUGCGGGUGGCAUCCCCCGCACGGCCCAGUCGGAGGAGACCCGUGUCUGGCACCGCCGGGAUGGCAAAUGGCAGAUCGUCCACUUCCACAGAUCUGGGGCGCCCUCCGUCCUGCCCCAUUGAAGGACCGGGCCGGAGGCCCUGUACCGCAGAGAUGUUCUCUUCGUUCACGGAAUGUGGCUGCUGGUUCUCCCACUUGGAUUUGGCUGGAGUUCCCCCAAUCGCGUCACCCCAUCCCACCACCAUCACCAUCACCACCACCGCCACACCUGCAUCAAGAAAACCUGUCUGUCCACAAAAGUUAUCACGACUUCAGAGCAAAUAGCCACAUCUCCCUGCCACCACCUGUCACUCUCCUGCCAGGGCGAGGCUUCCUCGGGCCUGGGUGCCCUGGGUGCCCUGGGUGCUGGCUCCGAGGACCCCACCCCCCCCCCCCCACUCCUGGCUGUCGCUAGCCUGCUCUUGCCUUGGCUAUAGGCCAGAAUGCCCAGCUGUGUGUCCCCCAGGGGCUGAGGAAAAAGAGGGGCAGAAUCAGGAGGAAUGUGGAUCUGCCCCCACCUUCCGCUGUCUCUCUCCUUCCAGGGUCCCCCUCAACCCCUGAGCCAGCCUCCCCUGUGGGAGAGGGUGAGAGAGGAGCAGACACCAGGAGUCCCCACCUGACACUGCCUCCCUAGCUCUUCUCCCAUCCUGUCCCCUCCUCCUGUCCCUGCGGACCCUUCCCCUCAGCGUGUGGAGCACAACCGUCUCAGGGUGCCCUCACUCUUCUCCUCCGGCUGAUGUUCACCUCCAACAGUAACUCCCAUUCCACCCCUUCCAUCAGCCCUGGAGAAUUCCAGCUCCGUCACAUCUGAGGGAGAGAAUCUGAUUGCUUUUUGGGGGCAAAGAAGGCAACAUUUAGGUAUCACUUCUACUUGGACCGCAUGCCUUUUUAUAGCCAAACUUCUGUGUGUUUCCUAAAUGGA